UUCUAAGGCAGUGAAACCAACUAAGUCCGAAAUUGUCUUCAAAAUAAACGCACUGUAAAGCAUGAUCUUUUUUUUUUUUUUUUAACAAAAGAAUGGCGUGGCUUUUACUUCAGUUUAAUGUGCCAAAGUCAGAAAAUAAUUUGUUUGACACGUUAACGAUAUUUUUGAACAGCAGUUUUAUUUUUCUGAAAUAUGCGUCGAAAUUGUGCGCAUGUGCCACAAAUUUUCCAUUAUCAGCAUUUAUACAGCUUUAAAAAAUAAUGAGUUCAGAUUUGUUUCCUCUAAUAAUCUAUUUGACUUUUUUAAAUUCACAUUACUUGAGACUUUUUUUUUUCCAUCUAAGCAGGGCAGUUUCCACGCCUAUGUAAUUCCUAUGUGUUGCCCAAGAGAGUUCACCUGCCUCCCCGUCCUUCCACUUGAAUCAUCACCUACUGUACACACACACAGGCGGGUUUGCAGUCAUGCAGGAAGAGUUCGAGAAAGCAGCUGAGAAGGUGAAGGUGUUGAAGACGAAGCCCAACAGCAGUGAACUGUCUGGGCUCUAUGGAUUAUACAAGCAGGCCACAGUCGGGGACAUUAACACUGAUCCACCUGGGCUAUUGGACUUCACAGGAAAGGCAAAAUGGAACGCAUGGCAUGCAAAGAAAGGUAUGUCUACAGAUGAAGCAAUGACUGCCUACAUUGCACUAGCGGAGGAGCUGAAGGAAAAAUAUGGGAUCUAGCCUUUAUUUCGCACAUUUUUUCGGAGGAAGUAGCUAUCAAAUAUUAGCUUAGCAUUGUCUUCCAAUGGGUCAGACUUGUGUAGAAAUCCAGAAUAUGCUUUCCUGACUGAUACAAAAAUAAAAGUUUUUAAAAAAUAUUUUCCGAUGGAAUCUUAGCAGAUGCCAA